CCAGUUGAAAGCCGCAAGGCUAAUUUAUACUUAAUUCGCUAGACCUUGGACCUACCUAUCUUCGCUUCGUUGUAUUUAAGAUCUCGGACAUCUCUUUUUGCGACAAUUGAAACAAUCAUGGCGGUUAUAGACCUCUUUGUUUUAGCAUCGCCUUAUUACCUUAUAUCAUUUGUAACUUACAAACGAUUUAUAUUGCUGUCACCGAGACCCUAGCAAUUUCUACCCAAACCUUAUUGAAGAAUCCUUGUUACGCCGAAACAUGGCGUUAACCACCGAUAAUAUCCUCAGUAUUCUAGCCCUGGUAGUUAUGUGCAUUCCUGGACUGUGGCUAUUGUUCAAGUUUGUCCGACACAGCUAUGUGGUUAGACGAGGUGUAUUGUUACCUACCGCAAAUCCGGAACCCCGAUCGACAUACACUUGGCAUAGGGAACAUCCCGCUGCCCCACAUUCAUCCCGUUCCCUUAUAGUCAAUUACUCGGAUCCUGCUCAAGCGAAUAACGCCGCCUUUGAGUUCAGCGAUAUUCCCUCUCGCUAUAGGAUGGACGAACGUCAGAUGACCGUAUCAUGGUCGACUAGAACCUAUGAGCUAGAACGAGCGGGUUGAAGUUGGGGCCUGGGAGUGUUCAGGGCAAUUCUGUAUAACGAUUCUACAUUAUCCCGAAUUUUGUGAUAUAAUUAUAAAAAUAGUGUUUACCAAGUCGGGUCAAUCAACUCUUCAAUGCAGACUAUGAUUACCUAGCCACGCGAAAUGUCCGAGCGUCGAAAUUACCCGAUUGGGUAAUUAGCUAAUUAAAGCGCCCUAUAGAAUAAGUUCGCCUAAUCCUUGCAUGUUAUCUCAUUUAAAUACUAAAUGAAUAGGCGAAUCCGCACUAUUUUCACUCAAAAUCCCUCCUC